GGCCUCAGUCAGUCUGGGAGAGUCAGAGCAGCCGGCAGCCAUGUCACGAGCUGACUUGUUCGGUGUGGGGAAGGAGGAGCGGAAGAGGAGGUUGGAAAGGUGCUUUGAUUGGGAGGUCAGGAAUCUGGUGCAGAAGUACGGAUCGUGUGCACAUCUGAUCCCCGACACUCUGCUGUUGGCACACGACAUUCGGAGCAACCACUCCACCGGGUGGCAGGCCUACUGUACCGCGGCAGAGGUAAGACACUCUGUCACCACGCUGGUAGAUUAUCCACUCAUGGCAGCCCUGCUGGAUGUUAAUGACGCCGCCGCCGCCCGUUGUCGACACUGUCAGUCCGACCACCCCCUCAGAGUUGCCUCCAUCAAUAGAUCAGGCAGCAGUGCCGAGGGACUGACGGACUUGGUAGUGGGCAUUGGCGGAACGUCAGAUUUUGAUCUGAUGUUCGAGUUCGAUGCUCCAUUUCAAUGGGCGGUACUCGGAAAGAGAGAUGAGCCGGCCGUUAUUACGCCGAAGUCGGCACCACAAAUGUGGGCUCGACCGACCAAAAACCCUGGAUUUGUGACGCUGCACUGGGUCAAGACGACUAAAUGCAGUCAUGAUAAGCCGCUGGAGGCCUUGCCGGCCGACUCCAUCCGCCAGCUAAUGGUGGCAUCAUGUCGGAUUAUGCAAGACGGCAAAAUCAAUACUGCCGGACCGGCUGUUAACGUCAAGUCGUCAGAUGAUAUCUCAGACGGAGGCAUGGACUUUGUGCCGUGCAUUCUUGUGCGCGGGUGGUGGCCGGCAGACCAGCUAGACAGCUGUCACCUGAAGGUGGACUUCCCGCCAGCAGCGGCCAGGGUUGACAUCCGACGAUUCGGAGUACACCUUGUGCCGACCGGCCGGCCCGGCAGCGACACCGAGUUUAUUGAGUUUCGGAUUUCCUACUCACGGGCGGAGGUGAUCACAGUUCGAUAUCUCGCUCCAGUCAUACGAGCAGCUAUUGUUGCAGUAAAAGCCAUGAAAAAUUCUUUGAAAAAGAGCGAGGUGAUAAGCGAAGAUGUGCCAUUAAAAUCAUACUUUAUAAAAACGGCCGGGCUUUGGCUGGCUCAAACCAUUCCAGCUUCAAUGUGGAAGGGCGUCACCGACGGUGUCAACAAAAUACUUGACUGGCUGGAGGACAAAUUGAACGCCGGGAAAAUUCCGUGUUUUUUCGAUCAUAACAUCGAUGUGGCAGUUGAACUCAGCACCGUAGAGCGGCGGGCUAUCAUUGACAUCAUGCAGCUGAUGAGGGAGUAUGUCACGCAUCUUCUGAUGGGAUGCUGUGAAAAUCUGUGGAAUGUGGAUCUGCUGCUGGAGCCCCUCAAAGACCGCCAGCGAGAGCCCCAGCUGCGGCUCCGUCUCGGAAGGACGCUCGUCCGACAGGCUGUCUUUGAGGGUGUCUCUGUCCGCCACACAGCUCCGUGCUGGGAGUGGUGGUGGAAGGAGAACAUCCCUCCACUGGUCCGCACAGCCCCACUUCUAUUACAGUGGUGGCAUUACACCAAAUCAGAAACAUACCUGCAGCAGUGUCUCAUGUUCAUGGCAUGGGUGGUGGUCGACUCAGCAGACAUGCAGUUAGGGACACCGAUGACGUCACAGGUCAGCGACAUCGUCACGCUGGACGUGGGCCCCCUGAUAAACUCCUCACCAGAUCUGAUCUCGAUCUCCUGCUGGGUGACCCGGACAAAGUGGAGACCUGGUGUAGUCAGCAGCUGCGGCGGCCGCUGGAGGAACGGCCGGCCGGACUGACCGCCGAACUCGACACGACGCGGGGCCGUGCCGAGCUGCUGCUGCGGCCCGAGCUGCUGCUGCAGGCUGUGCGAGUGAAUGCGCCGGGUAAAAUGGCCUGGUGGCGGGAUAAUGACCGGGAGGUGGAGAACAGUUGGAUGAAAAACUACCGACCACUGGGUUCCUACCAGGAGACUCGGGAGAAGUUGGAGCAUCUCUUCAACACUAACCUGCAUAAGCGGCUCCGUGUCAAACUACCAGAGAUGGACGCCGCGUCUGUGGACGCCACGGCCGGCCUCUGGCGCCGCCGACUGCAGCAGCUGCUGUCCGGUGACCGGCUGCGGACGAUGUACAACGCUAUCACCGGCUGGUGGCCGGACCGAUGGGAGAUGACGUCGCACUACCUGGCGGUGCACGAGGCCGACUCAGAGGAUUCGGAGCAGGAUGACGACGACGGUCAGGCCGGUGGCGAGGAGCGGCGCAGCGCAGACGAGGACCAGACAUCAGGGUGUCUGCCCAGCCCUCAGCGAGAGAAAUGGCAGCAGCUGGAGCGACAGCGCCAGCAGCUGUGUCAGCAGCUGGAGCGGCGGGGUCACGGGGAAAGGAGGAGUCUCAACCAGCAGCAUGAUGAGGAGCGCCGGCGUCUGGAGCGGAUUCAUGACAGAAAGUGGCGGAGCAUGGAAAUACUGCACCAUGACGAGCGGAAAAGGCUCCAUCAGCGUCACGAGAGUGUUACCAGAUGCGUGGAGCUGCAGUAUCAGGGACAGGCGCAGCAAGAGAGACGUCAGAGACAGUUGGAGCUGCUGGACCGGAGAAACCGAAGGCAGUUAGCAGUACUGGAGUGGCAACACCAAAUAGAGUGGGGAGACCUGGAGCAGAAGGUCCACACGCAGUGGAACAAACUGAAACAGAAACACCUCAGGGAGUCACAAGAGCUGGAGGAGAGAUACCCGAACAUGCAGUCCGGGGAGGAGCUGGCUCGGCUGAUGGAGGAGUGUAGCAGGAGGCGUCGGCAGCUGCGGAAGGAGCUGGAGAAGGAGCUGGAGAAGGAGAAGGAGAAGGAGAAGGAGAAGGAGAAGGAGAAGGAGAAGGAGAAGGUGCUGGAGAAGGAGAAGGAGAAGGAGAGGGAGAAGGAGCUGGAGAAGGGGAAGGAGAAGGAGAAAGGGGAGGAGCUGGAGAAGGUACUGGAGAAGAAGAAGAAGCUUGGGAAGAAGGAGAAGGAAAGCGGGAGGGUGCAGGAGAAGAACCUCAUAGUCAAGAAGGAGGAGGAUAAGCCAGUUGAGCGAGGCAAGCAAAAGCGGCAACGACGACAACAACAACAGCAACAUGAACAACAACAACAGCAACAACUAGAACAAGAACAACAACAACAACAACAACAACAACAACAACAACAACAGCAACAACAAGAACAAGAACAACAACUAGAACAACAACGACGACGACGACGUCAUCAACAACAACAUGAACCAGAACCACAACAGCAGGAGCGGCUGCCGAGCCGGCGCUGCCAAAACCUGCGGAACCUGAUAGAGGUAACGCGAAGACACCGCCAGCAGCUCAUCCAGCUCCAGGAGCGGCACAACCAGGAGCUGGAGGAGCAGAGGAGACGUCACCGGCAGGAGUGGCAGGAUCUGGAGCGGCGCCUCAGCCGCCGGCGGCACGGCCAGGAGCGGCGACACCCACAGUGACCGGCGUGAGGAUACCAGCGGAAUCACGGACAAACUCAGGGAGGCGCCACUACGGAGAACAUGUCGAGAGCGAGAUAUUUGUAGCAUCAGACAUGGCGGAAAUAUGUCGCUAGUGUAGAUGCUGAGAUUGAUAAAACGAGACGAGGUGCAUUUUUAUUAACACGCGCAGU